AUGGUUUUGUUGGCUUUCUUUUCAAACUUCUGGUGGAACCCUGUUGUACAGAGUUGUGUUGACAUGAGAAGUGAUAUUCAUCACGGAGAAGGGUUGCAGAAAAAUGAGAUUCGCAAGAGGGAGGCUGGGUUGAUAAUGGCGGUUGGCAACAGUGUAGGGCUGAGAGUGGCUAAUCUUAUUAGAAUAAAGAGGAACCAUAAAUCUGUAAUGGUUAUCAGACGUAAUCAGGUUGUUGGUGGCAUAACAUACCGUCCUUAUGUGAGCCAAAUGUUUGGGGAGAUAGCAUUUUGUGCAAUCACAGCAGAUGAACAAGUAAAAGGUUAUGGCACGAGACUGAUGAAUCACUUAAAGCAGCAUGCUCGUGACGUUGACAGGCUAACUCAUUUUCUGACUUACGCUGACAAUAAUGCCGUUGGUUAUUUCAUUAAACGGGAUUGGUCCUUUUUGUUCCCUUUUGGAUUGUGGUUUUCAUGUAUAUGGGGAUUUCACUUGUUCAGUUCACGAUCAAUUUGAGAGGCACAAAAAAGUUGUUUUAUAAGAUUUUGUUUGUAUAUUCUCAUUGUAAAGAUGGUAAGAUUAACACUGCAUGAAAUUUGCUCUGUUAAAAAGAUGAGAGGGAGUGUCUAUCUACAAACUACUAGGAAGCCUGCCUUCGAAAGUAAUUUGUGAAUCCAAAGCAUCACUGUCAGUUGACUGGGUUGGGCUAUUAGAUUGUCAUAA